AUGAGCACCUCUGCUAGUGCUGCUUUGCCCUCUGCAGGGGCAACAUCAUCCCAGGUGAUCCAUUGCACUGAAGAACUAUCACGAACUCUACAUGCCUUGUGGCCGAACAAGAAGCGGAAGAAGAAUCCCAAGCUAAAUUCCUACUUGCACACUUCCAAGCCAUCAGGGAUUCAGCAUCGUCAGCAUACUCAGUAUCAAGUUCGCGUGGAUGGAUCUAUUAGCUACACACGGUCAUAUCUCAAGCCUCCUAAGAACACCCAGGCAACAACCCAGCCUAAGUCGACAACAUCAGCCCUUAUCCCUGCUCAAUUUGAUAACACUGUUGAAUCAUGGGAUGUCGAUACCGUGCCGUUCAACGAUGAAGAUGUAAGAAUAGGUCACGCACCAGGAGAUCAUCCGUUACUUGUGUGGUUAAAGGAUCACCCUCUGUUUCUUGAAGAGAUAUUGCAUCUCGAAGGCAAGGGCAACCUCAGGAACGCGCCGUGUUCUGGGUGCAGUGAUCUUUCCCCCAACUAUCAUUGUGAAGACUGUUUUGGCGUCAAUCUCCAAUAUUGCAGAUGUUCUGACCGAGCUCUGCAGAAAUGGAAUGGAAUGUUCUUUGAAUGUGUCACCCUGAAAGCCCUCGGGCUCCGAAUCCAAUUGGGCCAUGCACCUGGUCAGGUGUGCCCCAAACCCCAUCGUGCCUUCAACGAUGAUUUCGUUGUCAUGGAUUCUCAUGCUAUUCAUGAGGUAUCACUCGACUUCUGCGCAACAUUCCGUCUCCUGGAGGAAUUCCAUAUAUUGUCUUUUGAGUCUAAGGUAUCGGCUUAUGAAUUUUACAAUGCUCUUACGCAGAGAACCAACAACACCGGUCUGGCCCCUGUGAAGUCUCGAUAUGAGUGUUUCAUAGGGCAUGACCCCAAAGGCUUGGAUGCUACAGUAGAAGGAGAAUGUGCUGUGUUGUGUCCAGCUUGUCCGCACCCUGGUAAAAAUGUACCAGACAAUUGGGAGAAUGCUCCUCAGGCGAAACGUUGGAUGUAUGCAUUGUUUGUCGCCAUCGACGCCAACUUCCGUCUCAAGCAGAAAGUUGUUUCCAACAAUAUCACGGACCCCAGUUUAAGUCGCGGCUGGACUUAUUUUGUAGAGGAGGCAGGGUACAAGGAAUUCCUCACAGAGAAGAUCGACAUUGUUCAAGAGAAAUCUACUUGUUCCAGUCAUACUGCAGUCAACAUGGCAGACACGAAGAUCAACCGGGGCCUGGCUGCUACUGGUCUGGGCACCAUCGACUGUGCCCGUCACAAUAUGAAACGGCCAAACGCAGUUGGAGACCUUCAAAAAGCCAAUAGGUAUAUAAAUAUGGACUACUUAUUCUUUUCAACCCUUCGCCAUUUGUCCCUGAAAACUCUCAACAUCUCCUACAAUAUUGCCUGCCAGUGGCAUAAAAAGCUAUGGCAGCGUAUGAGCACAUUCCCUACUUCAAUGCAGUUCGAUCACACUUCCAAGGCCAUCUCUUUCUUCGUGCCGAAGUUUCACUUACCUGCGCAUGUCGAGAAAUGCCAGACUACCUUUUCGUUCAACUUCAAACGAGGUGUUGGUCGCACGGAUGGCGAAGCACCAGAAUGUGGGUGGGCCAACAUCAACCCCAUUGCAUCCAGCACCAAGGAGAUGGGACCUGGUGCAUGGUGGGAUACCUUAGAUGAUUUUUUCGGCGACUGGAAUUGGAAAAAAGUUGUUGGUCUUGGUAAUACUAUGCAGCGCAAGCUUAAAGAAGCUGUGCCUCAAUGUGCGGAUCAUCAAGCAGCCCUUAACGACCUUGAAGAAGGCCUUAAAGAGGAGUAUGGGGAGGUUUUAGAGCAAUGGAGAUCGCAGGUGGAGGCCUGGGAGAAUGAUCAAAGUCAACUUAAUCCCUUCAAGCGAAACUCAGAUGUAAUAACACUAGCGUCUGUUCGGCUAGCGCUGGCCAAAGAAGAGGAACAAAGCAUGCAGAGCGGUGCCCGUAUCUCACUUUAUGAGGAUUGCUCCCCUAGUAUAUUGAUCAGUUUGGCGCUGGAACUUGAACGGUGCUUGAGAGCUGACAAGGAUGGUCGUGGUUUACACGUCACGGACAAUCAAGAAGGUAAAUUAGUCGAGUGUAGUAAUGCAUUACAGUGUCGCCUUGAUUCCUGGGUCAAGAUCCAAGAGCUCUAUAUGCCCAACAUCGCGGCCAUGCGGAUCUCGGACAAUGCAACCGCUGCAAACCCUUCCUCCAUCUCUUCCACCGCUGAAAGCUUCAAGUUAUGGUUACCUUCACAGAUCGGGAGAGCUCGCAACACUCUCAAGGUGAUUGACAUUAGGAUUGAAUCCGCUACUAGGAGAUAUGAAAGUGCACAUAAGGCACUGGUGGUUCUAGGUAAUUUGUUGAAUGAGUCCGGCUGGCAAUCUUCGCUAUGUCCCUUAAGCCGCCAAGACAUACGCUCGAUGUCCGACAUUCUUUGGGGAGAAUCCAAAGGCAGACGAAAGCUCUCGUGGAUCUGGAAUAUGCGGGGCGCUGGUGGAAGCAAAAAAGAUGAUAAUGGAGCUUUGGAAGACAUGAGGAUUGAAUGGUGCAAAGCGAGAGCUUGCACAAUGCGAUGGGAGGAGGAAGUAGCACUCCUUCGAGAGGAAAUGUGUCGCAUAGGAGCAUUCCUGAGGUGGGAAGCGAGGCGUUGGGAUGAAAGGCGCAAUGAGGUUGUACCGACUGACACGGAGCAUGAGGAUGGGUGCGUAGUGUAUGCACAUCGUCAGGCGCACUUGCGCAUGCAACUGGCAGCCUCGUUUGAGGUGAAUUGGGCACAGACACUAUCUCAUCUGAAUGUGCAGGAUGGGUCCGAAGAAUGUAUUAUAUAG